AUUCCCGUGGUCUCGCUCCCUGAUGGUGUGUGUCACCAAGGGGUAACCAGGGUGCACUAGGAACUGACCCUUCACAGUCUCCUUACCUUUACCCCCCCCACUCCCUCACUCUUUAAUAAUCCAAUCAGGCAUUCAGGAGAAACAUCUUCAGGUCUGUUUGGAAUGGGGAUGGGAAUUAACUCAGUACCUCAAAAAACAAAUGAGGUGAAUUAGGACAGAAGGAUUUUAGACAAAACCAUGUUGUAAAGAGCUUAUGCUAAUCUAGGUUGCAUUAUCAAUGAUGUAGAAUACCGAAUGAAAGCAACAUUCUCCUCGAGCUAUAUCUGUUAACGGUCGCAGAACACUAAAACCCUCCAGCACACAAAUUUAAGGAAGACUUUAACUGUGAGUUCACAGUAGCAAUGACAACUAAACAGUGUGAAAAGGUGAUGUUGCAGCAGGUAAAUCAACUGUGGGGUCUGCUGGAUGAUAUGUCUGAAAACAGCCCCGAAGCAUAUCAGAAAUUCAUCCAGCAUCAUCUAGAAGAGGGGAUGAAGCAGUUCAGUCUACCAGAGGCUCACAUCUGCUUUCAGACAAGAAUAUUGGAAUCGAAUGAGAAGUUGCUGUAUGUGAAUCUUUGCACCUGGAGUAGGGUCCCUGCUCCAAAGUCAAAAUCAGAUCCAGUGCCUCUUGGUGGAGGGAGGUUGGAGGAAACUGUCGAGGGCACAGAGAUUUAUUCAGUUACCGAUGUUGCAUACAACCCAGAGGUCCUUAAGGAAGGAAAUGAAGAUCCUGUGGAAAAGGACCAAUUGAUUCGUUUAGCUAUGAAAUAUAUUGAAGAGCAGCAUUGCAUGCACCUAUCACACUCUUACACCCUCCUGAACGACAAACUAAAAGGAAGUAAAAAACAGAUGAAGCUACGACUGACUGGAAAGGCUGAUCCUGUGCAAACUACAAAGCACAUGUCACCUGGAGAAAGUGGUGCCUCAUUGCUUCAGCAACUGGCAAUGCUGAAAUCAGCAGACAAGGAAAAUGAAGAUGAUAAUCCCCAAAUUUGUUUACUGAGUAGUAUCAAACACCCUAAAAAGCCAGGACUCAUCGAAGAGAUUUCAAGUACAGAAUUUCAGAGUGGUAAAGUAGAGACUCCAAAAUACGAAUUAUUGCUCGUGAAAGAUGGAAAUGCAAAGGCAAAAAUAAUUCAACUGAAGAUAGAGCUGCCUGGAGUAUUCUCUGUCAAAGAAUGUGAUCUCAGUGUUUCAAAGGAUGACCUAGUUAUCGAUGUAACUGAGAAGUACAGACUACAGCUUGAUCUACCUGAAACUAUUAGUGAAGAAACAGUCACUGCAAAAUUCAACAAGAAGACUCACAUCCUGUCUGUGGAGAUGCCUAUCAAGUAACCAUAUUACAUCUCUCAAUGAAAUAUAUACAUUUUAUAUUAAUGAAAUCACAGAGCAAUAAUACUUUUAGCAGAUAGCUCUGUGUUGGUCAUUGAAAAGGACAAAUUAUAAUGGUUGGAAACGUAAUUGAAUAAAAUACCAAACACUAAUUUACAUAAUACAUCCAUUCAGUCAAACCAGUAAGUAUUUAACUGGUACUCAAGCUUCUUCUAAUCCUUCCUCAUCUAACAGUGUAACCCUUUUGUGCUCAUUAGUGUCUCCUUGCUGGAGAAUUAUCCAGUUACAAAUAGAGGCCAUGAAUGGAUCUUGUGAAAUUGACACUGAUUUAUUUCUCACGAUAUCAUAGGAAGAGAAAUUGACUGGACUGAUACAAAACACUUUGCACAGUUAAGUCAAGGAUUCUCCUCCCUGAAUAGUAGGUACAGUCAGUUUUAUAGGGUUACAGCAGUGGUAAUGUUAAUUAUAAGACAAUGCAGUUUCAUUGACACAGUUAAUAGAAAACAAUUGCUUGUCCGGCAGUAUCCAUCAGUUAACAAUUGCAACAGGAAGUUUAGUUAAUUUGCAGAAACAGAUAAGGAGGACAAGCAUCCUGGCUUCAAUAGAUCCCUAGGGUAGUAUUCAUUCUUGUCAGUCUGCAUAGGCUUUGAGGGGAUUGAGUACCUGGGGUUUCAGGAGCGGCGAUACUAUUGUGAGGUAGGAAAACCAGUUAGCAGAUCUAGGUAGUGUAUUCCUUCAGUCGGGAAAGUGCUGAGGUAAUGUCUCGUUUCACUGUUCGUUCCCGAGCGGAGUGUGGUCACGUGGAGGUGCCAGUGGCAUUGUGGGUAGCCUGUCUCUGGCUAAAAUCAGACACUGGUUCUGUGAGCAAGUGAUGGCCAGGCAAAGUGGUUUGCUUUUCUCCCACACUCCAUAACUGCAUCUGUGCUAUGUGCCUCAACUAUUGUCAUACAAAUUCUGCAUUUCCAAUUUCUACCAUUUCCUCUACAGCAGCUUUGUUACUCCUCUUAAAAUUUAAUAUUCUUAUAUAAAUUAAAUGAAUUUUACAUCUAAUAAGACUGCUCCUCAAAAGUUGUUUCUCCC